AUGAGUGAUGGUGUGCCAUGUGUGCCCCUUCCGGGUGACACCCGUGCGAGUGAGAUGCUGGAGCUGGCCUGCAUGCACACUCUCUUUGUGCGGGAGCACAACCGCCUGGCUGGAAAGCUGAGGAGCCUCAAUCCCCACUGGAAUGAUGAGAGGCUCUACCAGGAGGCACGAAAGAUCCUGGGAGCCGUGAUCCAGAUCAUAACCUACAGGGUGGGAUGCAGGUUCCACAGGCUCAUUCCUCACUGUCGGGGCUACAGCGAGUCUGUGGAUUCUCAGAUAUCCAAUGUUUUCACCUUGGCUUUUUGCUUUGCUCACGCCUCAGUCCCUCCAACUGUUGGCCGCCUAGAUGAAUAUUACAGACCCAUAACUCCUGAAAUUCAACUCAGAACCUCCUUCUUUGCUGUCUGGAGGAUCAUUCAAGAAGGUGGAAUUGAUCACAGUUUCCCCGUGCCACCUCUGCAGGUGGGAUUGAUCCCUGUCUCGAGCCUCAGGGCCAGCCAGGCCAAGCUGAUGAUGCAGCAGCAGAUGGUGGUGGGCGAGCUCCAGGACAGGCUCUUUGAGCAGCUUGAAAGGAUUGGGUUUGAUUUAGCUGCACUCAACACGCAGCGCAGCCGAGAUCAUGGCCUUCCAGGUAAGGACUUCUGGAGAAAACUCUGUGGGCUCUCACAGCCAUCUGGAGUGAAGUCACUUGGUCAAGUGUUGAGGAAUCAGAACCUGGCAAGGAAGUUCCUGCAGCUCUAUGGGACACCGAAGAACAUUGACAUCUGGAUUGGGGCCCUUGCAGAGCCCUUUGUGAAAGGAGGCCGAGUUGGGCCUCUCAUGGCUUGUCUCAUUGGCACCCAGUUCAGGAACGUUCCUGAUGGGGAUAGGUUUUGGUGGCAGAGCCCUGGGGUUUUCACUCCUCGCCAGCGCCUUUCACUGGCCAAAAUCUCCUUGUCACGAAUAAUAUGUGACAAUACCCACAUCACUAAAGUAUCAAGGAAUAUCUUUUGGGCUAACACAUACCCCCGUGGCUUUGUGAGCUGCAGUCCGAUCCCAAAGCUGGACCUGAGACCCUGGAAGUCAAAGAGCACUGAGGAGUAA